GAGAGAGAGAGAGAGAGAGAGAGAUGGCGAUCGCGAGCAGAUUACGAGCUCGCGGAGUUCUUUCAAGAUGCGAGUCGAGUAAUCUUCGAUCUCUACUUUGGCCCUUUUUGAAUCGAGGGUUCUCCUCGAGUUCCAUUCCUUUCCACCUAGAGAGGGUUGGAUUCAUUGGACUUGGAAAUAUGGGUUUCCAUAUGGCAAGUAAUCUGAUAACUGCUGGAUACAAAAUCACUGUUCAUGACAUUAAUUAUGAUGCCCUGAAAAAGUUCUCGGAUAAAGGAAUUCCUACAAAAGAAACUCCUUGUGAAGUUGCAGAGUCAAGUGAUGUCAUAAUUACAAUGCUACCUUCUUCCUCCAAUGUUUUGGAUGUCUAUACCGGACAAAAUGGCUUGCUACAUUGCAGGAGUCAUCUAAGCCCAUGGUUGUUUAUAGACUCUUCAACAAUUGAUCCACAAACUUCAAGAAUUCUUUCCACAAACAUCUCAAAAUGUCUUCUAAAAGAAAAGAAAGGGUUUGCAGACAAUCCACUCAUGUUGGAUGCUCCUGUAUCUGGAGGCGUUCCUGCCGCAGAAGCAGGGACCCUUACUUUUAUGGUUGGUGGCUUAGAGGAGGCAUAUCUGGCUGCAAAGCCCUUGUUUCUCUCAAUGGGUAAACAGACAAUCUACUGUGGCAGUUCUGGCAAUGGUGCUGCAGCAAAAAUUUGCAAUAAUUUGGCAAUGGCUGUUAGCAUGCUUGGGGUCUCUGAAGCAUUUGUUCUUGGUCAGCAUCUAGGGAUUACAGCUAGCACGUUAACAAAAAUUUUCAAUUCAUCAAGUGCUCGCUGUUGGAGUAGUGACAGUUACAACCCAGUCCCUGGAGUAAUGGAAGGGGUGCCUUCAUCAAGGAAUUAUGAUGGCGGAUUCGCAUCUAAACUAAUGGCUAAAGACUUGACAUUGGCCAUGACAUCUGCAGGAGAGAUCGGUCUCAAGUGCCCCCUUACUUCUGAAGCACGUGAUAUUUACAUGGAAUUGUGUGCGAAGGGCUAUGACUCUAAGGACUUCUCCUGUGUCUUCCGCCAUUUUUACUCCGGUUACUUGUAAUGUGCAUCUUUCUGGAUAUUAGAUAUGAGUUCGCUCAUAAUUAAUAUAAAAAGAUAUGGUUUUAGUACUAAUCCUUGAUGUAAGACUACUGUGACUGAAAAAAAACUUACAUGUGCCACAACUCCUAGUACUUGUUAAUGCUCAGCAUGCAUGUACUCAGUUAUUUCAAUAUAUCAUUUAUAUAUAAUACCUUUCCUUCCUAGAGUUCGUGUAAUCUCUUAUCUUGUCAUCCUAUCAUCAAUUUUCUGUAAAUCAAUAAAGAUCAUAUGCAGACUUGUUCCCUUUCUCUAUAUUUUUCUAUCAAUUAUGUAAACAAAAAGAUGGCUUCCCUUGUUGAUAUUUCAGGUAUAAAUCCAAGUUGGUUAUUUAAAAUAGCUAUUAUUUGUCUUAAUGUUUUUCAACUUUCCCAUUCUUAUUAUUUCAUAGUGACUCAUAAACUAUGAAUUGUAGUGAUGUAGUUUUUGCCUAAAAGAAAGAAAAAGAAUCAUGUAAGUUAGAUGAGAAACACUUUGAGCCUGGCCUCAUUUGACAUGAGGCUCAAUUAAGCUUGACCUCCCUUGGCAACAUACAGCUGCCUCAAGAAAUUUUGCAUCCGACAUUACGAAACUCAGGAACUUCCAUUAUGAAGAGGGAUCAAGGCAGCAAUAUUAUUCCUAGCAGGGAUCUUACUUUCUCGCAUGCCUCCCUUUACAUUGUUAUAUAUUAAUUGCAAUAUAAUUCAAAGCUCAUCAAAACUUAAGAAAAAAAGCUCGUGUCAAUGAAAACCCUAAUGUAAAAUUUGCUAUUCAUUACGGUAGAUCUCUAUUUUGCCUUUCAUGAAGCGCAGGUGUGAUAAUUGAUUGGAGCUAAUUCA